AUGAGGGCCCAGCAGGCCUCCUCGGCUGGUGGCUACACCAGUCCGGGUGCAGGCGUCGGGAACAAUGGGUACGGGGACCAUAUGUUCCCGACACAGCAGGCGACAGGUGUGCCGUACCAGGCCCCGUCGAUGAGCGCACCGAUGGACCCGUAUGCGCCGCAGAACACAGAGCCUAUCACUACGGCCUACGACCCACAGCCCACGACUGGUAUCCAGGCGGAGUCGCAUGAGAUGACGGCGAUGCCGACGGGUGCCGGCGCCGCUGGUGACGGCAGCUAUGCGAUCAACAUGCCGGCCGCGUCGACGCAGGGCGGCAGCUCGACCUUCUUCGGUCAGAUCAGUGAGAUCCAGGACUUUAUUCGCCAGAUCGACCUGAACGUGAACCGCAUUUCCGAGCUGCACUCGCGCUCGCUGAACAAUGUGGGCGAGGCGAUGCAGCAGGCGGCCGAGCAGGAGCUUAUGGGCGUGGCCCAGCAGACGAGCGGUCUGACGAACCGCGUGAAAAACAUGAUCAAGGCGCUCGAGGUCGAGGCGAACAAGAUCCCGGCCAGUGGCCCGGCGCCCGAGGGCAUCGACCGCAAUGUGCGCCUGACGCAGAUUGGCGCGGCCAAGAACCGCUUCAAGGAGACGAUUCUGCGCUACCAGGAAGUGGAAAAGGCAUACCGCACUAAAUACCGCCAGCGCACGGAGCGCCAGCUGCGCAUUGUGAAGCCAGAUGCGACGCAGGCUGAGAUCCAGAGUGCGCUGGACGGCGAGUCGGGUGGCCAGCAGAUCUUCUCGCAGGCGCUGCUAAACUCGAACCGCCAGGGCGAAGCUAGCGGUGCCCUGCGCGAGGUCCAGGAGCGCAACACGGAUAUUCAGCGCAUUGAGCGCACGAUCAUGGAGCUGGCCGCGCUCUUCCAGGAGAUGUCGAUCCUCGUGGAGCAGCAGGACGAGCAGCUGAAUGUGAUCAAGGACCACGCGCACCACACGGAACAGGAGGUCCACGCGGGUCGCCAACAGACCGACAAGGCCGUCAAUGCGGCGCGCCGUGCGCGCAAGCGCAGGUGGAUCUGCUUCUGGCUGUUGGUCAUCCUAAUUAUUAUUGUUAUUGUGGUUGUGGUUGGCGCUGUUUGUGGCUCUGGUGUAUGCUCGAGCGAUAACAACUAA